CCUAGCCGGACACCUUUUAGUGUGACUCAAGGAAGAAGCUUGUUAUUAUUUUGAGCUAACUGUCAGCCCUAGAGCUACUUUGCUACCUAAACGUACUGGUCAAAAUGUCUUCAGACUUUGAAUCCUACGAGCAGGACUUUGGAACGACUACAGCCGAGUUAACAAAUAAAAUCGGCAGAAUUCCCAAACUAAGUGGAGAGGAGAAGACGCAGCUGAUUCUAAAUGUCGACAAACAGCUUGAAGAAGUCAGAGAGUUGAUGGAGCAGAUGGAUCUGGAGGUGCGAGAGAUCCCCAUUCAGAGCAGAGCCAUGUACAACGGCAGACUGAAGAGCUACAAGCAGGAGCUGGAGAAGCUUGAGAAAGAUUUUAAAAGGUCACGUAUUGCCUACAGUGAUGAGGUGCGCCACGAGCUCCUUGGGGAUGAUGGCGGCUCCUCAGAGGGCCAGUUGAUAAAGUUGCGUGAAGAGAGAGCGCAUCUGUUGGACAACACAGAGAGGCUGGAAAGGUCAUCGCGGAGACUGGAGGCUGGCUACCAGAUAGCAGUGGAAACUGAACAAGUCGGACAGGAGAUUCUCUCCAACCUGCACGGCGACCGUGAGAAGAUACAAAAAGCCAGAGAGAGGCUGAGAGAAACGGACGCCAACUUGGGCAAGAGUUCCCGCAUCCUCACUGGCAUGCUGAGAAGGUAAGAGGCAGGAUCAUCCAAAACCGCGUCCUGGUCUUCAUACUGGGAGCCAUCAUUCUUCUCACCAUCAUCCUGGCCAUCUAUUUCAAUCUGCGAGGCCACUGAUCUCAGCUGUACACACAUACGUACAAGCUCCCCCCUCCAUCCCAAAACAAAUACAAAUACACACUCACCCUUGAUUAAUAGCGACAAACGCGUUGUUCUGCUGUAAUUAGGACAAAUGGUCCCAAUGAAUCACUGUUUCCAAAGCCUGACAGGGAGCUUUUUUUUCCUCCCCAUCUCUCUGUUUCUUCCUUUUCUUUUCUGCCUUUUUUUCCUCCCUUUGUGCUUCCUUUCUCCUUCUUUCUCUCAGUUGUUUAUUUCCUCUCUGUGUCAGGCUUUUUCUUACAUCUCUAGGGGGAUAAAAAAAAAAAAAAAAACUUGGUGAGAAUUUUUUCCACCAGUUAAAUCUUUCUGUGGCAUCAUAUAUAGUUUGGUGAACACAGUCCGAAUCAAAGCCGAUUCCCAAGUUCCCUUUCCUUUUUUUCCACAACAGAGGUGUGGCAAGCCACUUUCCAGAUCUGUAUGAAAAGAAAAGUCUUAAAACGAUGAAAAUGUAAUGUUAGCUUCUGCAGCUUCAUGAUUCAGUAAAUCUUUAUAGACCCUUGCAUACAAAGAUACCUAAAAAUACAUUCACAGCACAUCAAGUUGGUCGUUUACUCUGAGUUGUUAUUAUAGUUUGCAUUUAGUAAACAAACAUGGGAAUAUUUUAGGAGCCCAGCAACUGAGACUAAUAAAUAUAUAUAUAUCGCUUUGCUACACUUUUAAGGGAACACUGACCGGGCCUUGUCAGGUUCAACCCAUAAAACAAUCCAGAGAAAAGCUUUUCCUGACUGUAAAGUAUGAGCGUCAGCUUCCAGGCUCUCCCAAAGCACACAUUACAACUCAUUUUUAUGGACUUGCGGAAAUUACAAGUUUCACACUGUUGUGUACUAACAUUUAAAUGUCUAUCUUGUGUAGUUUUUUUUUCUUCGAUAUGAGCAAUUUUGUUUGUAUUUAUUUAUGAUUUCAAGAUUCCAAUUAAAAUGUAUGUAGUGGAACUGUACAAGAGAGAAUUUUUGUUGUUGUUUCUAACAUUGUUUGUGUUAUUAGUAGAUGAAGAACAGAAGGCAGGACAAGGUGAAGUUUGUCAUCAUAUUCUUUCAUGAAUGUAGUUUGUUAUAUGUCUGAAUUCCGUCCCUACCUUCUAACUUUAAAAUAACUAUAUAAUGCGAUACUAUCUAGUGCCCUGGAUUUUAAAAACAAUUCGGCGACCAUGCUCAGUACUGUUACUUUUUUUUAAUUAUUAAACUGCAAAUAUGAUGUCACAGCUUUCCCGAAAUAAAAACCAACUAGAUACAUUUUACAAAUACUAUUUAUGGGUUCUUAAAAAGGAAAACUUGGAUAGUUUAGUUUUUUCCCCGCAUUAAAAAAAAAUCAUUCAAAAGCAAUGCAUUGUGGUCUAUAUUCUAGUGAGCAUCAACACUCACUGGUUUUUCGCAGAGACUUCUGGGAAAUUUCUAAGGCUCUUGAUAUAUAUAUUUUUUAUAUAUAUUCCAGAAAAAUCUUGAACUUUGUGGCACGAAAACCUAAUUAGGGAUGGACAUAGCUUAGGAUCCCAGCAAAAAAAUCCAAAGAUGGCAGCCAUACACUUGAUGCAGUCUUUCAAUUUUAGGGGUAUUUGUAGAAUACUAUAUGUGUUUUAUGUAUACUUAAAGAUUACAUUUUGGGAUUUCUCAUGGCUAACAAGUUAUAUACAUUAUAUAUAUGUUUUUAUUUAUUUAUUUUUUUCUAACACGCCAUGUAGUGCUCUAAGUAGUGAGUAGUGAAGGAAUUCAGACUACAGUGUUUGUUCUGAGUAUGGAGUGACGUAUUUUCACAUUUUUGCUAUUUAAUUCUUCAUAAAAUCUGGGAAAAUCCUCAUUUAAAACCCGUUUUUAUGAUUUUUCUACAUGUGACUUGGAGGAUGGAUAAGAGUGCUGUUCUAACCAGAAGUACAUAUGAGGGUAAAAGUGUCUCUCGUGGUCGCUGUUCCCACUGAGGACAUUUGCUAUUCUGUUUCAGAGCCAUAGUCUUCUAUUUGGUCCAUGAGGGGGAGGAGGGGUUCGUCCCCCUCCACCCCAUAAACACACACCAGAGUACCUCCCCAGUCACCCAUCGUUUCACAGGCCCUCACCAGCCGCUGCUCCGUCGUCGGCUUCAAAGCCUCAAAUUAAUGGCCAACAAAAUAGCAUGCCUCCAAAUGUCCAAAUGUCCCAUGCGGGGCCACCCCACCAAGAGUUAUCAUUAAAGUCGGGGACUAACGAAAACCGAAUCAAGGAAAAAAGAAGUGAAAAAGGAAGGAAGGACAUUGGCGGGGGGCGCCAAGGAGGGGGUGCGUUCCCCGGUAGUUGGGCAAACCCCGUCUGUUAAUGACCCUCAUAGAUGGUGCCUUCACCCAGAGAAAGUGCACGGUGUGUGUCUGCCUGCAUGUGCAGCCUGCCUACAGUCUGUGCUCUCUUCUCUGUCUUACCCCCCCCCCCCCUCCUUCCCCCUUUCCCUGUACCUCUCCUGCCACCUCCUCUCCUCCUCCCUGUCCUCCCCUCUCUCCCUGCCUCCCUCCAUCCCAGCCUGUCAGAUGAGCAGAGCGGUAGCUAGUGAGUGAGCGGUGGAAGGCAGCGUGGCGGCGGCUUCUAUUUGAAGUUGUAAUGGUGUCAAAAAGUCAGGGCUGACUGACAGACGUCAGUCCCACAGGGCCUCAUUAAAAACAGACCCACUUGACAAGGAAAUAAUUGAACGCCGGCGACAACUCCAGGGCCCCUUCGUGUUUUUAGAUGUUUUUAUUUUCUUUUCAUUAUUAGCGCCGAGCUAUUAUGUUCAUUAAGAAAUGGCAUUAAGACAAGUUUUAAAAGCGGGCAAUGGCGGGGAGGGGCGGAGGGAAGGCGAGGAUGCACUGAGGUGGGGAGACAGCGAUUUGUGUAGAAACCCCUGUUUUGUUUUAUUAUUGAAAACGCCGUCAUGUGAUCGCUCGGCUCUCCCCUGUUUCCAUUCUUCUUUUCAUCCCCCCUUUUUUCCUCAUUUAUCCCCGGGCUUUCAUCUUUUCCCCGCGUCUCUCUCUCUUUUUCUCCCUACCUUGCCCGUCUUUUUCGUCUUUCCGUCGCACUCUUUUUCUCGGCGAAGUGGGCGUCUCGGAAUAAGACCUGGAUUAUUCAUUAACCUCCCCUCCCCACCACCGCAUCACCCCCACUCCCUCCAUUUGCUGAUUUAGUUUUCGACAAGCGUCUCGCAGCAGAAGAGAAUGAGAACUUGUCAAAAAUGGGUUAUAUCUUAUUCCAAAGGGCAACAAAAGCAGCAGCAACAGACAUCUUUUAAUAUUUAAUCUAGAUGGGUGUUAACCCUUCUUAAGUCUAAAAAGAAGAAGGGUGGGAGGUAAAUAAACAUGAAGAAUUAAUUAUUGUAUGUCUGUAAGGUGAGUUUGUCUCCAAUAAUGUGACAGCUCCAUUUAAAAGCCCAUUAUUUUCUCAUCAGUUUGCUCCUUUUGGCUGUUUUUUUCUUUUUUUUUUAGUUACACAGACAGUAGGAUUAGACUUUUAUUUAGUCAUUUUCUAAUCUAUUGCUGAACUUCCACGCCUCCCAUCUUCCAGCCAAUCCCCUCCUCCUGCUCCCCAGCAGUUUCGCAGCAUCUGUGAUAAACACACAGAUGUUCGUCAGAAUGACUACUACCCUCGUUUUUGGCAAUCUGUUCCUCUGUGUUUGUGUGGCACCUGUGGAGGGUGGGCGCCUCUUCAUCUUAAAGGGUGUCCACAGCGCUGUCACACAUGCACAAACAUGCAUGUAUUUUUAAAGAGGGCCCACAACACACCCUGGAAGAGAAAAAGCAAACCACACACACACACACAAUGGCUCUGUUUGAGAACUAGAAUGAGCCUCCUUCUAUUUGAUUCAUAGGACACAGCGCUGCACGUAUGGUAGAUGCACCCCAUUAAGAGCACACACACGAUCUAGUGUACGGGUCUCCGAAACGGAGCCAUGUUCUCCAUUUGUACACGCCACCAGCUCUAGCAGAAUGGCUCCCUUUCUCUCAUCUGCCCUUUAUCUGCCUUUUCCUUCACCCCACGAGCGCCGUCGACCGUUUUAUUGGUGUUUGUGCUCACAGUGAAAUGACAAUGACCCCCAUUAUUUCAGGAAGCCACAGGGUCUGCAGCCAUACAUACAUUGAUGUCUGUAUGCUUGCACGCACAUGAUGCCUCCCCCUGUCGCUCAGAGAAAGAGGAGAUGCCGGAUUGUCUGUUAUUUCCGCGUGACUCAUUCUUUCCUCCGUCCAGAUGGACCAAUCAGAACUGGAUUUGUGUGAUCUUCUGUCUGUGCCUGUACUGUUUAAAGCAUUUCUGAUAAUAAAAAAAAAAAAUCAACAUA